CGGCUACCGCACCGCGUCGCAUCGCAUCGCAUCGCAUCCUCAGCAUCCGCGGCGCCGGCCAAGGCGGAUCCGGUCGCUCUGCUGCUCGGGCGAUCGCUAAAGCCGGCCGAGAGAAAGCAGCAGUUUGCGUCUGCUCCGCUAAACAUCCGGGUGCGGGAGCGGGAAUGCGCAGACUCCUCGCCGCAGUCGCGUUUCCGUGUUGACUUGGAGGGGAGGGAGAGAGAGUGAGAAAGAGAGAGAGAGAGAAAGAGAGAGAGACGCAGCGGGACACCGAGCCGGGGGAGAUCGCACCGGCUCAUCGCAGCCCCAAUAACAAAGAAAUAAAGCAGUAGCUCCAGGUAGCGCGGCGGCGAUCUGCACCUGAAGAGCGGCGGCUGUGAGCUGGGACAUGGAGACCGCAGUGACAAGACGCCGUAACAUGUGAGCUUUACAGAAUAAGGCAGAGCGAGCGUGUGGCUGCCCCCAUCCACGGUGCGUUUACUGGCCAUCUCCCUUUGUGGCUCGUCGCUGUCGUCUCCGUCUUUGCGGGGGGGAAGAAAACAAAAAUGAAGAAGUUUAACAUCAGGAAGGUGCUGGACGGCCUGACGGCAGUGUCCUCUUCCUCUGCGGCUUCCCAACCUGGGAAUAAGGAAAACGACCUGAUCCCGGAGACGCUCCAGUCCGAGCAUUUCCAGCUCUGCAAGACCGUGCGACAUGGCUUCCCUUACCAGCCGUCCUCAAUGGCUUUUGACCCGGUGCAGAAGAUCUUGGCCAUCGGCACCCAGAGCGGGGCUCUCAGGCUCUUCGGCCGCCCAGGGGUGGAAUGUUACUGCCAGCACGACAGUGGGGCGGCCGUCAUCCAGCUGCAGUUCCUCAUCAAUGAGGGGGCGCUGGUGAGUGCCUUGGCAGAUGACAGCAUUCACCUCUGGAACCUGAGACAAAAACGACCUGCCAUUCUUCACUCUCUGAAAUUCAACAGGGAACGGAUCACGUUCUGCCACCUGCCCUUCCAGAGCAAAUGGCUGUACGUGGGCACAGAAAGAGGAAACAUCCACAUCGUGAACGUGGAAUCCUUCACCCUCUCAGGCUACGUCAUCAUGUGGAAUAAAGCCAUCGAGCUACCAGACGAUGAGCGUCAGCAGGUUGAGAGUGGAGAGGGCCGACGGGCGCGGAUGGCGUCCGUGUCCUCCGUUGCCGGCGCCAGACCCGCCGAGCUCUCCGAGGUGACUCAGUAUCUGAGUCACG